AUGGAGCUGUCCCGCCGCCUACGCCGCGCCCUACCACCGUCGCCGAGCUUUCAUAGCCGCCGUGUUUCACCGCCGUUUUGGGUUUUGGUAGAGCAAAAGUCGUUUACAAGGGUUAUCAUACUGAACAGGACAAGACAAUUGAAUGCCCUCUCUUUUUAUAUGAAUGGGGAUUCCAGCCAUGUUUUGAGGAUCUUUGACGAGGCGGCACAAGCUAUGCAAUCGGUUCGAAACUCAAAGCUUGAGCUGCAGAAUUCUACUGCACUUGGGGAAACCACCCUUUCAUCAAUACAUGGGCAAAGGAAACGCUUGAAGAGUGCUCAUAGGAAAGCAUUGGAUAUGCUGAACACAGUGGGGAUGCCAAAUUUAGUUUUGAGGCUAGCUGAGCGAUGUGCUAAACAAAGUGCUGAACACAGUGGGGAUGAUAUGAAGAAAACAUUUUCCAUAGUAAUAUGAGAUGAGAUGGGUCUCAUAUAUAUAUAUAUUUGAUGUGUUAUGUAUUUUACAUGUAAUGAAUAAAUUACACUGUAUUUUUAUUUGUGUUGUUUGGACUAAAAACAUAUUCAGUUUAUAAUAUAAAUUUUAUGAUUUAGAU